ACCCCGUCUUGUGUAGUGCAUACUUCCUAGCUAUCUAUACCCAGGGAUCUAUACAAGUUGUGCACUUCCAACACCGCCGACGUGAAUGGUUUAUGUCAGCAGGUGCCACUCAGUCACGUGUCGGCACUAGUCUCUUGGAGCUCGGAAAAUCCUUUCUCCCAACCUCCCGCAUCACGUGGGUGGUGGCCGCCAGAUAAGCGGAUUCAUUGACCUCUUUGGCCUCUUUACCAAACACCAAAGACUAAAGAAAAAAAUUCCACUGGCAGACACCACCUCACCCCCCACUCUUUCUGCAGUCUUUCUGUGCGCUUGCGGUCCCCUCUACCACGCUCUGGACCAGUCGAGUGACCCGAUCUGGUGCUGCUCCCGCUACUCACCAACCCAACGCACAUCAUUUCGGUCACCACCGAUCACCAGAUGCAACAUGCGAAAAAGACCCUACAAAAUGUCCUUCCCUGCUUUUUCUUCUCUGCUCUCUUCCCCUCUUUCCCAUCGCCCUUCCCAGGCAUCCUCAAACCUAUCUUCCACAGUGAGCGACUUCGGGAGUUUUGCGCUCGCUUCUCGACAUAAAGCUCCAACCUGACCAUUUCCUCCAAUCGUGAUCCUUUGACGAUUCCUGAUUGCCACCGAGAGCUACCCACAAUGAGCGACUCCAAGGACAUUAAAGUCAUCCGUGCCACGAGCGUCGACCUUGGCCGUGACUAUGGCACCGGUUCCUCCAGCUCUCAUUCCCCUGUCGAGCAUGGACACCCCGAGAUCGUCGAAGCGAGCCCCGAACGCGGCCCCAUUGCCCUCGGUGAAGAAACAGGCGGACCUAACAAGCAGUCAUGGCGCUCCAAGUUGGCAUUCUUCAAGACCAAGGAUUUUUGGUUCAUUCUAUGUCUGGGCCAGGUACUGGCUAUCUGCAUCACCGGCACAAACACUUUGACAAGCUUGUUGGCGGCCGAGGGGAACAGCAUCCCCGCCUUCCAGACCCUGUUCAAUUACGUAUUGCUUAAUUUCGUCUACACGGGCUACACUCUCUACAAGUAUGGCUUUAAGAAGUGGUUGCGGGUGGUCAUCAAGGAUGGUUGGAAAUAUAUCAUUCUUGCUUUCUUCGAUGUCGAGGGCAACUACUUCACUGUCCUCGCCUACCGUUACACCACCAUACUCUCGGCCCAACUCAUCAACUUUUGGGCCAUUGUCGUCGUGGUCAUCAUCUCCUUCGUCUUCCUCCGCGUGCGUUACCACUGGGCUCAAGUCCUCGGUAUCUUCGUCUGCAUCGGUGGAAUGGGGCUUUUGCUAGCCUCCGACCACAUCACUGGCUCCAAUGGUGGGGACGUCUCUUCCGGCAACCAACUCAAAGGCGACCUGUUCGCCUUGUUGGGUGCGACCUUCUACGGCCUGGACAACGUCUAUGAGGAAUGGUUUGUCUCCGGCCGACCCCUCUAUGAAGUCAUCGGUCAACUUGGCUUCUGGGCCACCAUCAUCAAUGGCGCACAAGCCGGUAUCUUUGACCGCCACUCCUUCCACACCGCGACUUGGAACGGCAAAGUCGGUGGCUAUUUGACAGGCUACACCCUUAUUCUGUUCAUUUUCUACACCCUCGUUCCAAUCCUGUAUCGCUUCGCCAGCGCAGCGUUCCAAAACAUUUCUCUCUUGACAGGAAACUUUUGGGGUGUCAUUAUCGGGUUGCAGGUGUUCCAUUUACACGUGCAUUGGAUGUACCCUAUUGCAUUCACACUUAUUAUGAUUGGCCACUUUGUGUAUUAUUUCGGAAAGGGUGUGAUGGGAGAGGCGGCGAAGGCGUGGCUGGGCGAGAACCAAGAGAAAGGAAUCGACGGAUUUGGGAGUGCGAAGAGGAAGAUUCGGCUGAUGCAGGAGAAUACUGCUGGCACCAGGGGCGGCGAAGGUACGGAGAGUAUGGGUGUGGUCUAAGCGAGGUCGAAGAGGUGGAAAAGUGGCAGGGAGGUAGAUGAUCAGCCAGCUUUUCGACGGACAGACCCGGUCUCAGCGACUGCUAGGGAAUCGACUUCUGGUCAGACCAACUCUAGUCUAUCAUUACAUCAAUGGGGGGGUGCUCAACCGCCCUUGACACUGAGACGAGUUACGAGAUCACGGCCAACACCACAAUAGACGCUCAUUUCUGCAAUGUUUUUUGCAGCUAGCCACUACGAUCACAGAAUGCAUUUCACGACCACAGAUGAGACGGUCAGAAAUCCAGACAUCGGAGGGCCAUCCUUCGGCCAGAUAUGACGUUAGAAUCCCAGAAUGAUACAUGGACCAUCAAGCCAUGUGAAGAGACACAAUGCGAGAUUUACCCCCCCGAAAAUCCAAGUCCGUGGUAAUUGGGCUGGGCGAAGCAGGGACAGGUAAAGGAAUGGGCAAGAGAAGAAAUAUACCUGAUUCGUUGGGUGAAGUUGUCAAGAUUGGGGGGGGGGGGGAAG